AUGGACGCUGCUGAACACGACCUCGAUGCCAAACUAUACAAAGCGUCGAGCACGCUUCUGCAGGAACUCGGUCACAAGUUACCGCUGCUGAUUUUCAACCCAAGGACCACGCGGCGUCUACGCGUUCUCGACUCGAAAUGCGAGGAAUUGAGGCUGCUUGUGAGUCUUCUUGACCGUUUUCAAGAAUGGCCCCAACUGCUCGAUCCGGGCCUGUCGACUCAUGUCCAGCUUCUCAGUGAGGCCUUUGUUGACUACAUGACUAGGUCGGGUCAUCACUAUUCUCAGUCCUAUAGGCACGGUACAGCCACUGUCUCCCCGUUACCGCGGGCAAUAUGUCGCCUACUCUAUUCCUUUUGCAAGAUCAGAGGCCAGAAGGUCAUUGUGCGCCUGCUGAACAACGAACCCAAGUUUUUGGCCCCUAUGUUGUCCAGCUUCAAAGCCUGGAAUACUUCAUCCAUGGGAAUGGUCUGGGAAGAACGCUACAUCAUGAUGUUGUGGCUAUCCCACUUGAUGCUUGCCCCUUUUGAGCUGGCCAACAUGGCAGUCUCCAAUGAAAACCCGCCUGACCUGAGAUUGUCUCAGGCUCUUGGUGAUCUACCAGGAUUUGCAGGUGACAUCACUUCUGUUGCAUUUUCACAACUGGAGAGCCCGGGCAAAGAACGUGAAGCAGCUAGUAUUCUCCUUGUUCGCUUGUGUCUCCGCAAGGAUAUGCAAGCUCACGAUUUGCAACUGAAACUAGUGCACUAUGCUACGCAGAGACUACUUUCUGACACAGACUUGGUGGUACUCAGCCAUUAUAGGGCGCUGGGGCUUCUGUCUUUGCUGUAUGGCAUCACUAAUUCUGGCUCAGACAAAGAAGUUGCUCCGUACCUUGUACAGAUUUUUCAGGCGGUCCUGAAACUCGCUACAGACCCAGGAGAGCACUAUCAGGCUAUUCGAGAUUCUGCACCGGCAAGGAAAUUGAUUUUGAAGAUCUUGCGAGUUAUCUUGACUCACGCGAUAUCCCUAAAUUCAAGCAAGGUUGUGAUUCCAGAAGCACAUCUGAACAUGAUGCUGGAAGAGAGCAUCCAGUACUUCCUCGAUACUCUCAGCGACAAGGAAACACCCGUCAGAAUGUCUGCUGCUAAGGCGCUCAGUGUGGUCGCCCUCAGACUUGAUGCUGCUAUGUCCGCAGAAGUCGUCGAAGCCGUCCUAUCUUGUCUGCAAGAAAAUGUUCUUUUGGAAGACCUCCACAGCCACAAUCUCAUUCCCAUUACCGAUAAGAUUGGCUCCGAAGCUGGCGGGAUGAAGAAAAACAUAUCCGCUGUUGAUCCAAUGCGGUGGCAUGGAUUGAUGCUGACACUAGCUCAUCUCUUAUUCCGUCGCUCACCACCACCUGGCUUGCUUCCAGAGAUCAUCCAAGCUUUGAUACUUGGAUUGGAAUUCGAACAGCGAUCAAAUGUCGGGACGUCGGUCGGUGUCGGCGUUCGAGAUGCAGCCUGCUUCGGUCUUUGGGCACUGGCUCGGAAAUACAGCACUCUCGAGCUUGCUCGUGUGCGCGUCUCGGAUUUUGUUGAGGCCAAAGCCCCCGAAUUCGCAGGAUGUCAGAGUGUUUUACAAUUGAUAGCAGUCAAGAUGGUCAUCUCUGGAUGCCUUGAUCCGUCGGGCAAUAUUCGACGAGCUUCAUCUGCGGCACUACAAGAACUCAUUGGACGACAUCCGGACACCAUCCUCCAUGGGAUAGCUCUCGUGCAGACUGUCGACUACCAUGCAGUGGCACGACUGUCUCGAGCUAUGGUUGAGGUUUCCCCUCAAGCAGCAGCUGUUGACGCCAUGUAUCACAGAACUCUCUUGUCAGCACUCCUGGAUUGGCGGGGUGCGCGGGCUACGGAUGUGAACCAGCGGCGUUGGGCUGCUUCAACUAUCCGCAUUCUUGCGGACACACUUUCGACGUCGGAGACUUUAUCUGUUGCCAACAUCGUCCUUUGCCAGGUUCUUGAUUUGAAGCCAUGGAACAUCGGAAGCACAGCUGGCUCCAGACAUGGCUUACUCCUAGCUCUAGCCUCAACAGUCGAGUCUCUCACUCAACAAGACCCCCUCGCAGCUGCAUCGUGGAUGCUUGAGGACGGCAACCAGCUUCUUCAGCUGGACAAGCUCACUGGCAAAAUGGACAUCCGCGUGACCGCUGACUUGGAGCUUGUGAUGGAAGCGAUUUCCACGCUAAUUGGCAGCAUUUGCAAAUGCUUCUCGGCGUCAACAUCAGACGGUGCUGGGAAGCAGCAAGCUUGGAUGCCAUCUGCUUUGAUGUUGCUCGACCAUUGCACGGUGGCGGGCGGGAGAGACAUAGUAGUUGAAGCCAGUGCCGACGCCAACGUGGAACUUUUUAAGCUACUCUCGCUUCGUUCGGAUAUUGCGAUGGUCGAAAACUGGCUCGAUCCUAACGAGCAAUCGCCCUCGACCUUCACGAGCAAAGGCCGCAUCAAGUCGCUCAGCCUCAUCUACGCUUAUCUUGCGCAACGAGACCGCGAGUCUGAUCUCCAACAGCGCAUUAUAUCAUGCAUCAUCGGUCUCAUCAACGGAAGUUAUAGGAUAGAGACCAGAGUGGACGCCAUGCGAGCCCUGGGUGUUAUCUUGCGGGACAUGGAAGAAGCAUCAGGAUCUGUCCAAGUGGAUGCAGGAAGUAUCACCAACGUACUCUGCCGUGGGCUGACUGACUAUACCAAUGAUCAAAGAGGGGAUAUCGGCUCGUUGCUCCGUCUCCAGAGCCUCGAAGCCGUCAACGCCCUCCGUUCCAACGAGGCAGCUCUUCGGAUCUUAGACGGCACCUCAGAAGCUGUUAUGCCCGUGCUAGUGAAGCUAGCAGCUGAAAAGCUGGACAGCGUGCGGUUUCGAGCAUGGCGAUGCCUGGAAAGCUACUGGCGGUCGCAGGCAACCAUGCCAGAGCUGAAGAACACCUUUCCAUAUCCGGAAGAUGUAUCUACCAUCCCGUAUUUCCAACAGCUCAUGGAACUACUCUCCCUGGACUGGUCACGCAAGCCUCUUAUCAUGGGCUUAGUCUCUUCGGCGACUUCUGGCACCGAGUCGAUUUGCCGCGCGGCGAGCAACGCUUUUGCCUGGUAUCUGCAAGCUCUGGAUCAUGGCAAACGCGACAUGCUGAGUGCUGCAACUUCGUCCUUUAUCCUGGAGCAGCUAGCCACAGGUGCGGCACUAGACGACCGUCAAGUAGUCCCGCUGCUUGAUUUUCUCUGCUUCAUGAUGGAUCAGGGGCUUGUCUCCUUUCAGCCCAUUACAGAACCGGAAGACAAUGCACAGGAUAUUUGGACCAUCAUGCAGACGAUCCACGGUCCGUCGUCUAGUCUCCAGAGGACUGAAGCUUCCUUGAAUAUUUACUCGAGACUACUUGCAGCUGACAGUUUCCGUUCCAAGGCCUUGGACAAACUAACACGCCAAUUACUUCAUCGUUGGCCGAAGGUCCGUAAUACUGCCGCUGACCUGCUGUAUCUGAACAGCCCCAGUCCAACUCUAGCAUUGUGUAACUGGAACGGCCCGGUCAAGAACAACAGGCCAGUAGUCCUUGAGCUCAGGAAGGAACUCGGUGUGGCCGGAAUGGCCGUCGCAAAGACAUAG